AUGCUCUUGUCCAAUGCUUCUCGGGGUGGCAGGAAGCAUUGUCAAAGGGCGGUGCGUAUGGUUGUUGUCUUGUUCGCUGAGCUAGGUGCUUCGAUUGCGGACGUUUCAUCACCAAUCGAGGUGACACCAUCAGUGCGUUGUCAGGGAGCGAAGGCACCACAAAAUGAUGAAUAUGUCAGUAACCGAUCACCCUCCCUAUCCAAUGAUGAUGAUGAUGAUGAUGAUGAUGAUGAUGAUGAUGAUGAUGUUGACGAUGAUGAUGAUGAUGAUGUUGAUGAUGAUGAUGGGACUUGA